AUGAUUUCGAAAUUAUUUACAAAAAAAAAUAUAUUUAUAAUAUUUAUUAUUUGUUUUUUUAUUUUUAUAUAUAACAAUAGUUCAAUUGAACAUAAAUUAAAAGAAAAAUAUAUUAAAGAUCAAUUAAAAUAUAAUCAACAACCCAACAAUCAUAACAAUCAUAACAAUAAUAAAAAUAAUAAAGCUUCAAAUAGAAGUAUAUUAAAAUUUAAAAACUCCAAUUUUUUAAAUGACAUAUAUCCUCAACUGUACACAUAUAAACCAUCAAAUAUAAAUAAUAAUAAUAAUCAUGAAGAAUUUAAUAAUGAAGUUAAAGAAGAGUGGUCAGUACUACCAUCAGAAAUGAUGGAUAAAAAGAGGAUAUGUAUUGUAACAACCGAAAUUGAAGGACCAGUAUUAGGUGGUGGUAUUGGUACAGCAUAUACAGCAUUGUCUCAAAAAUUAAAUGAAGAUGGACAUGUGGUUACAAUUGUUCUGGUUAACAAGGUAAAAAAACUCUCAGCGGACCAUUGGAGAGAAUUAUAUAAAGCUAAAGGUAUCAAUUUGGUUAUAUUGGAUUUCAUUCAAGAUAUGGAUUCAAUUGUAAAAGAUAAAGAUAUCAACCAAGAGAAUUAUAAAGGUGUAAUAGGGUGUACUGGUCCUUGUAUUAGAUCUUACAGAACUUAUCUCUGGUUAGCUGAACACGAUGCCGAUUUCGAUAUUGUUCAUUUCCAUGAUAACGGCGGUAUAGCCUACUUUACAAGUUUAUCUCAACACCAAGGUAUUUAUUUCCAAUCGACCAAUAUUGUUAUUGGUGGCCAUGGUCCUCAUCUUUGGGAAAGAACUGCCAAUAGUGCAAAUUUAGAUGACGGUAAGCAUUUUGAAGUCGAUUAUUUAGAAAGAAAAUCUGUAGAAUAUUCAAAUUGGUUAAUAUCACCAAGUAACUAUAUGCUAAAUUGGAUGAAGUAUAACCGUUGGGAAUUACCAGUCAACUCUUAUGUUCAUCAAAAUUUGUUACCAGGGGAAAAUCAACAAUCACAACAACAAAAGGAAGGAGAGUUUUUAUUUAAAGAUCAAGGCGCAAAUGAUAACGAGAAAACAGCAAUUAUCGAAAGAAAUGAUUUUAGCGAAAUUUUAUUUUUUGGUAGAUUAGAAUCAAGAAAGGGUUUAGAUAUAUUUUUAAUUGCAUUAGACUCAUUGGCCGAAAUGUUAAAAGAAAAAAAUAUGAAAGUUACAUUUUUGGGAUCAAAUACAAAGUUGUUAGAUGUUAAUGUUAUGGCCGAUUAUUAUAUAGAUUCAAAAUGCAAAAAAUUGGGUAUAAAUUGUUUAAUUUUAAUUGGUAAAUCACACACUGAAGCCAUCAAUUAUUUAAAUAGUCAAAAAGAAAAUAAAUUGGUAGUAAUCGCCUCGCCAAUCGACAACUCACCAAAUACUGUAUUAGAGUGCCUAACCCACAAAUUAGCAAUCAUAGCAGCCAAUGUUGGUGGAAUUCCAGAGCUUAUUCAUCCCGACGAUAGAAGAUUUGUACUCUUUGAUCCAAAGCCAUUAGCCAUAGUAAAGAAAAUCAAACAAUUAAAAGAAAUUGGUGUUUCACCUGCUCGUUUCGCAAUCGAUGAAUGGACCCGUCAAACUAUUUGGAGUAACUGGCAUUCUGUUGUAAAUAAAAUCGACGCCGAUGAUAUUAAAAUUAAAGAAUCAAAGUAUAGAUUAAAUACAUUUGACGAAAAGAAGUCUUUAGCAAUUAUCAUACCUUUAAAUUUUAAAUCAAAUUUAGAUAACAUAUUAAGAAAUUUAAAUUCAAUUUCAAAUCAAAAUUCAUACUAUUACAAUGUUCAAGUUAUAAUUAUUAAAGCAAAUUCUCAAGAUUAUGACAGCAUUGAAUAUGACGAAGUUUUAAAUCAAGUUUAUAAAUUAUUAAAGAAAUUAAAAUUAAACAACCACAAAGUGAUCGAAAUAAACAACAAACUAUUACAACCAUAUCAAAUUUGGAACUCGAAAGAAAUUUUAGAUAUAGAUGCUCAGUUCUAUUUGUUUUUAGACUUUUAUGACUAUUUGUCAGAUGACGCUUUGGAUACUCUAGGUAAAGUUCAAGUUUUUACAGAUGCCUCAAUCAUUACUUCAUCUAUUUUAUUCAACAACAAUACAGUAUCAGUAUUAUCAAAUAAUUUCGAACAACAACAAUUAAAAACUCCUGGUGGUCUUAUCACAGCUGCUUCAAAUCAAUUAAACUAUCGUUCCUCAAAAGUUCAUUCUAUAUUUUUAGGUUGUUCCGGUAUGCCAGGUAUCAUGUACAAUUGUUACGGUAGUAAUAAUUUUAUGAUAGAAAGAGAUGCUUUAGAAGAUAUUAGUAUUCAAUAUUCAAUCAAUGAUCAAAUUACAAACAUUUUCGAUAUUGAAAAUAGUGGUUCUUGGGAUUUUUACUCUUUAGCAACCAAUAAUGGUUACAAACUCGAAACUAUUCCCAAAAACUUGUUCAUUUCAAAUAAAUUAGACUAUGAUUUACCCUCAACUUAUAAUCAAGAAUUGAGAGUUUUAAAAAACUUUGAUAAUAUUUUACCAAAUACAUUUGAAUUAUCUGUUUUAGCAACUAGACACUUUUUAAUUUCAAAGAGAGCAUAUGUCAACGAAAUUAUUACUUCAAAUACCAAAGUUAAAGAGUUAACAGAUAAAUGUAAUAGAGCAGUUGAAAGAGAAGAGUUUAAAGAAAAUGGCGAAGAGAAUAGAGAUUAUGUGGAAUCUAGAGGCCACAUUAAAGUAGUAUUUAUUAGAGGUCACGAGAAAUCAGGCACAAGUUGGUUAAAGAAAGUAGUAGAUUUACACCCAAGAAUUCAUAUGGCAAAACAAGAGUUUCAUUUCUCGAUUAUCGAAGAUGCUUUAGAAAAAUUCACAACCAAACCAUGGCAAGCCGCUCAAGAACCAUAUAAAUCCUAUACAAAGAAAUGGUACCGUUCAUAUGUUAGAAAUGUUUUAUUAUCAGGUGUAUCAACAUCAUUGGCUCCAUUAAUCGAUUGGGUUGGUGAAAAAACUCCAUCACCAUUACAGCCAGUUAUUUCAGGUUCAAAAUAUAUUUUAAUCAUUAGAGAUGGACGUGAUGUAUUGGUUAGUUUAUUUUGGCACUAUGUUAGAUUGGGUGGUUUCGAAAACUGGUGUGGCAACCAUAAACAUUUAGUGGAUCCACAAUACGUCAAGCAAUAUCGUACUGACACUGAUUAUUUCCACAAAAAUCCUGAAAAUCUUUUAGAAAAAGAAAUUUGUUUUAGAAAAAUAGCUAGUGGUUGGGCAAAAAGAGUUAGAGACGAUCAAUCUGUUAUUCAAGCAUUAGAAGCAGAACCUGUAGCUCAAGUUUAUACUUUACGUUAUGAAGAGCUUCAUAGAAAUCCUGAAGGAUAUCGUAAAGAAAUUUACGAAUUUUUAGAUUUGGAUUACAACGAAGCAGAACCUCUUUCGGUAGACGAUAAAACAAUUCCAGGUGGUUUUAACGAAAAAUCAGAUAAAAACAAAUUCUUUAGAAAAGGUGAAAUAGGUGAUUGGAAAAACUAUUUUACUGAAAAUAAUAAAAAAUGGUUUAAAGAAGAAACAGGUAAUUUAUUAAUCGAAUUGGGUUAUGAACUAUCAAAUGAUUGGUAA